CCAAACCCAGACACGUCCAUCGGAUUUCCAGACAGAGAACACGUCUCCACUGCUGUAGAGUCCAGUGGUGGCAUGCUUUACACCACUGCAUCUGAUGUUUGCAUUGCACUUGGUGAUGUAAGGCUUGGUUGCAUUUGCUCGGCCAUGGAAACCCAUUCCAUGAAGCUCUCUAUGCACUGUUGUGCUAAUCUGAAGGCCACAUGAAGUUUGGAGGUCUUUAUCUAUUGACUCUGCAGACCGUUGGCGACUGCUUCGCACUGUGUGCUGACCCCGCUCUGUCAUUUUACAUGGCCUACCACUUUGUGGCUGAGCUCCUGUUGUUCCCAGUUGCUUCCACUUUGUGAUACUAUCACUAACAGUUGACCGUGGAAUAUUUAGUAGCAAGGAAAUUUCACAGGUGGAAACUUAUGACGGUACCACGCUUAAAUUCACUGAGCUCCUGAGAGUGACCCAUUCUUUCACAAAUGUUU